GCUUUGGUGGUGGUGUGUGUGUCUUACUCUCGCCUCAGAUCGGUGACAAAUUCCUCUCGUUCUCUUUGGGACGCUUAUCAUCUUAUUCUACCUGCUGAACACUUUACAGGACCACCAUUCAUCACCUCCAUUUUUCCGCUCUUGGGAUAUUUCAUUAACGGUUUUGAUGGGGAUCCUGUUACUAGAUUCAGGCUGAGGUGUGGGUGUCCCGCUCUGCUGGAGCUUGGCACCAGGAAUCCAACUGGCCUACUUGGGAACUUCUAAUUUCUGGUUAUAUUUGCAAAGGAAACUUUUGUACCCUUUAAUUGCUAUAUAUUUUCCCCCAACACCGGGGAGCUCAAUCAGGGUUCGAUACUCUGUAAGCUGUCAGUGGCCUUUUCAAACCCAACAAGAAGAAUAAUAAGGUCAAUGUAAGGGUGGAGGCUCGUGGCUGGAGUCAUUGUUAUUCCCUAUAUUGUUAUUCUUACAAAUAAUGUGCAGCGAUGGUGGAUGUUUUACCCAAGUUGCAGAAAGUAGGUGAUCCCUGGACCAGCACUCCAUCCAGAUACUAUGGUCCCCAAAAUGCUCAAACUCGUGCAGGCAAUGGCUACAUUGAUCACAAUGAUGGCGUUAAUUCCUCCAGGCGGAAUUAUGGGAAUGGUCAUGGGACAAAAAGAGGAGGUACAAGAAACCGGGUCAAAUCUUAUAAUAGCUGGGGGAGAAGCCAGAGUCAAAUGUCAGCCACUUCACGAUAUGUUUCAGCACCAAGACCAACAAAGUACACAAGAAGGACAUGGGACCAGGCUGCAAGUGCUCUUCAUCAAAUUAGACUUGGAGAACGCUUGGCAGAAUUUAAGUGCAGUCCUAUUUUCCAUCCUCAGCCUUUGUGUCGCCCCUUUCAUGGCCGAGCUUGUGCGUGUAUGCCCUUCAGCAUGAAUGGUCUUAUUGAUGAAACCACCACCAACCUGGGUCUUCAAAAUCUUCUUCAUGUAUCUACUAGCAACUCUGACCGGUACUAUCUAACUCGAAAAUGCUGCUAUGUCUUCCACUGUUUGAACCUUCGUACCAGAUUCAAUUAUCCGAAUAUACCAAACAAGAUGAUCAUUCGUGAUGAACGGGUAACUUCAGCAAUGGAGCAAGUGGUGACAGAGGAGAUGGAAAAUAAUGGACUAGCAACAGAUGACCAGAAGGCUUAUUCAUCCCUGAUAGCCAAACACACUAAGAGAGCUCACAAAUUGCUUAAUGAUAUGAAGGCUGCUAUAUCCAGUACAUUGAUAAGAUUAACAGGUUAUGUAUUGUUCAAAGUGUUCAGCAAUCUUCUGAUGUCAGUAACCAUACAUGGAGGUCAGCAAGAAGUGAUUGAGAGAGCAGCAAAAAGAGAUACUCCCAUUAUCUUCGUUCCAUUGCACCGUUCACAUGUUGACUACUUGUUUGUUACCUGGGUACUUUUCAACCGGCAGAUCCCAGCGCCUGUUGUUGCUGCGGGGGAUAAUCUACGCAUUCCUGUCUUUGGGGUUCCGGAAUCAUUUUGGGGAGCAGUUAGAGCUAUAAUUAAAGUGCUCUCUACAAACUAUGGUCAUGCAAGGAUUGAUUUUGGACAGCCUUUUAGCCUUCGGGAGUUUGUCAAGAAUGCCAAGGGUGUUGCAUCCCGCCUUGGUUUAAAUCAGCCUCAAAAUCAGCCACAAAGUGAAAUAAUACUGGGAUGCACACCACCCCUCUCCCCCACCCCAAUCAAUGUUAACUCUUCACCAGUUGCUAGUGACUUGAAACCACUAGCACCACUUCCUCAAGAUGUAACUACUACUACUCUAGUCACAGGAAAGGGCCACCAGCGUUCUUUAUCCAGUCCAGCAUCCAGUGAUCAUCUACGACUGAAGAGAACUUUAUCUAAUCCAUCCAGUGCUAUCAAUGCCAUAAGUAGAACUAAUUCUAACCUACAUGAAGCAAGAAGUAAUUCCUCCCUUUUUGGAAAUGACGUUACAGAUGAAUAUAGAUAUCUUGUCAAGUCAUUAGCAUCUCAUAUUGUUUAUGAUGCUGAGCGAUGUCAAGCUAUCAUGUCAACAAAUGCUAUAGCUUGGUUGUUAUCAUUUGUGUACCGUAAUGGAACAAGCUUAUUUACUCUCACUAAAGCACUCGAUGCCCUUAGAGAUUCUCUGAGAACCCGAAAGCGGGAUACAGGAUUUUCUGGCAAAUCCAAAGAUGUUGUUAUUCAUGCUGUUAAACUACUUGGAGCUGGACUGGUUAGAGUAGAAAAGCCUCAGGAAACUGACAAGCUUAGGUGUGAAGAAACUGAUGUCUUAAUUGCACCAAUCACCCUCCUGCCAAAUGUUAUUGAACUCAACUAUUAUGCUAGUGCUCUUACUCCCGUCUUUGCUGUUGAUGCUAUUGUUGCCACCAGUUUACUGUCAUUACUCGACUGUGAUUUGUGGAGCUACAAGGACUGUUCACUUGAUAUCUUAAUAGACAGAGAAAAGUUAAUCAAGCGAGCUCUACGCCUUUCUGAGAUGCUACAGAAUGAGUUCCUGCUGGCCCCACCGUGUGCCAGCCUGGACACUAAACUCCAUGAGUCUGUCGACAGUCUUGUUGACAUGGGUCUUCUACAAAAUGCUGGGAGCAUACACAACAGAUGGUCAGAUGACUCUGAUGAGGAUGACCUGACCUUCUCCCUGUGUUACAAGAUGGUACCAUCCACAUCCUCACUAGAAGUCAUAGGAGCAUGGACAACCAUGCUUGCUCCCAUAUUGGAUGCUUACUACUGCACAGCAUGCAACCUACACACACUGAUCACCAGACAAACACCUGAUAAGGUGUUUAUUCAGAAUACUCAAAAUCAUAUUGCAGCUCUUGUGGACAAAGGCACUCUGAGAUACGGUGAAAGUAUGUGUGUAGAGCCAAUAAGAAAUGCUGUAAAGUUUUUUGAAACAGAAGGAGUAAUGGAAAGCUAUACACAGGACAGUGUACGGCUCUUGUAUCUUGCAAAUGAGUAUGACUCUGAAGACCGCCUUUCAGCCUUUAUUGCUGAAAUUGAUUGUUACAGAUCGUGAAUUGAUUUUUCAUCAUAAAGAAUACAGUUCUCUUGAAUGCCAGUCUCAUUGAGGAAUAUCAAUAUGACAUUGAGAAUAUUUUUGUUAAUGCUAUUUCAAAUUAUUAAGCAGCUUUUAGCUGGGAAACUGCAUCUACCUUCUGCCAUCCAAACAUUAAAUUUAAUAUCUUUAAAUUGUGUCUGUUUUGGGAGUUUAUGAAGCUAAACAUUAAAAUGUGGCCAUUAAUGGAAUCACCCAAGAUGUGGAUUACUUGGGUUUAAUACUCUAUUUUGAUGUGUGAUAAAAAAAAAAAGAGCUUAUCAAAAGUAGAUCAGUAUUAAGUGACAUUUAUUCAAAAUUGGUAAAGAUGGUCCUGUUCCAAAGUGCUCACCUUGAAUUUUCAGCUACCAUCAGGUUUGCAAAUAUUGGUUCACAUGAAUGAAACUUCAGCCAACCAACAAAUAUGGAAAUGGGGGCUUUGUGGGAGUUAGGCAUAAUUUGUUUCUGUUGUAUGUAAUGGUUGUGCCAUUAAGCUUGCAUUUGAAAAGCCUCCAUAGUAUUGUAACCUAAUACUACUUUAGGAAUUGUUCCAGGAAGCAGUACACUCAAAAGAAAGUGUAUUGUAAUGAGUGCUGAGCACUUAAUUGUAAUUAUUAAAGGUGUCAAACAAGUUACUUUUUAUUAUGAAGAAAUCCUUACACAGCAUUGGAGUAGUGUUUGCAACACUUGGAAACUUUCUAAAGGAACUUUGCAAUAUAUUUUUGACCGUAAGUAAAGGAGUUUAUUUUCAGACUAAAAAUCUUAUUUUUUACCUAAACCCAUUCAAAAGUAGACUUGACUUUCUUAAUAUUCAUGAAGUCAUCAUCACUGACCUCUGAAUAUUUUCAGUGAAUAUCAAGCUGUAAUAUUACAGUCUGCAAAUAUUGUGGAAUGAAUACUGGUACAGUAGAGUAUGAGCCACUUCAGCUAAAACACUGGCACCUGAAACCUAUUCAUCUUAAUGAUGGUUAUCUUACAGAUUGACCUGUUAAAUUCAUGGGAAAAAAAUUUAAUUUGUACCUAGCUGCAAAUAAAAAAAAAAAAAAUCAUCAUGCCUGCUAGUGUUUAAAACAUUUCUCAUAACAAUCAUCAUUUUAUAUAAAUAGCCCAUCGAUGCCUAAUGCAUGCAUUUGACAGCUCACCUGUAGAUUUUUGUGGUGAGUCACUAUUACUUGCCUUUUGUCAAAUAUUAUUUUGUUUGGUAUGUAAUGUUUAACGAAGUCCAUAACGCCACAUAGGACCGAGAUUGUAUUAGACAAACAUUCGAUAUAAUGUCGAUGUUCUAUUAAGAAAGCUCAUGUAGCAAAACUGUUAAUUAGAUUCUGUACCAUACAUGGUACCGCAUUCUGUUUACAGACUCGUUCACACUUAAUGCUACUGCAUGAGUUGCUUAAACUGUUUUAUGUACAUUCAGACCAUUGUCUCAUGUGAUGCACAUUUUCUCUUAGGGUUUCUGCUGUAACAGAGCAUUAUCACAAAUGCAGCCAAUGAGAGUUUUAAAGUGUAAAAUGUGAAAGCAUAUUUUUCAAAUGAGAUAAAAUUACCAAUGAAAUUUUUUAUGCAUGUAAGAAACUUGUUCCUUUGGUAUGCAAGUAUUGAUGUCAUCAUUUUUAUAAGUUUAUUUAAAGUUUUUAAAUAUGUUAAUUAUUAAAAAUUGUGAAAAGUAACAUAAUUUAAUGACUUAACCAUUUAUAAUCAGAUGUGAGAAAAUAAAAUUUUAAAUUAUUUUAAAGUACAAUAUGGAUAUUGAGUGGUACUGUGUAAUGAAACAUAAAGUGCAAUGCAUUGAAUAGUACUCUUGAUUUUUUUUUUAAAUUCCUUAGAGAAUAAUUUUAUAUCUAUCAGUCAUGGAAAUAGCGUGGCAAUUUUGGAGGUAAGAAGUCUUUACAGUAAUUACUGCUGAGAAUAUAUAGGAGAACUCUAUCUCCCAAAUCACCCAAGUGCUCAGUUGGAUCUAAAAUGAUUUAUUUUACAAAAAACAAGAGGUACAGAAUGUGUUGAUUGUGAAUCAAAUUAUUCUUGCAUCCAAACAUGAGGCCUGUUGUAUUUUUGCAGCAAUUAAAAUAAAAUCAGCAUGUUAUGAUCAUUGUAUCUGUGCAACUGCCCUGCUGACCAGUAGAACAUACAUUGGUUUUAACACACUAAUCAGAGUGUAGUUUUGUUUAGAAAUUCACCAUAUGUUUGAUAUUUUUAUGUGCAAGCAAAUAGCAAAGAUUAUUUUUCUUGAAAGAAUCUUUAUUUUAUGGGUAAAUAAGGACUGCUUAAGUAUUUUUUUUUCUUAAUUUAAAUUAGUGAUACUAAUCACGGGAAGCGCUAGACCCGUAGGGAUUAUACAGAAAUUAGCGAUAGAGUAUCCUAAACAAAAUUACUAUAGUAAAUGCAGUUUUGAGAUAUACACAUAAGCAGGUGUGGUGUACUAGUAGGUUUGCCUUGUUGUGUUAGUGGCAUUGUACCAAUAGUUGUCCUAUUGAUACUGUAGUUGGUAGAUGGUGCUACAUGUCGACUGGUUUAAUUGGCCCUUGGUAUAAUGUGCCAUGUAAUUCUCAUUUGACACACCAUUCAAAAUGUUCCUGGUACCGCUGCAUGAGUUAAGAGAUUGUGCUGACAGCAGACCCACUGUUUAUAAAGUGCCAUUGACUGAUGGCACAUAAUACAUUUACUAGCAAAUAGUGAUAAAACACUGGCACCAAUGUGCAAAGCUAUUAGUUAUUAAAAUAAUCUCCUUACAACUUAAUUUGCACUGUUGCUCAUGUUUACUUUAAAUACAUAACUUGUUUACAAUUCUACCCAAUAAAUCAGAUCCAGAGAAUUUAUAAUUUUUAAUUAGGUGAUUUAUUUUUAAACCUAUACUCUUUGAAGCAUGUCUUUUAUUAGAUAAAUAUGACAUACAGUAUACUGUAUUCCCUUUAUAAUCACCAUAUGAUAAGGGUAUAUAAUGGUGCUAAAACUGGUUGUAUAAAACUGAGGGUGUGACAUAGGCAUAAGCUAACUAAGCUACAGCUUAUGAUAUAAGGGGCCUCAAAAAUUUUUGCUCCCUUCCCAUAUACUUACUGUUACCUGUUUUGACUUUAAAAGUUUUGGGGCCACACUUGUCUUACUCAUGGGUAUUUCAUGGAGAGGCACCCUGUUCCUCUCUGUGAGCAGUGUCAAGUUUCAGUAUCGAUUAGCCACAUUCUGUUAGACUGCCCUCUCUAUCAACGAGCACGCAGAAUUUACCUCCGUCGUCGUCUCCGCUCUACUACUCUCUCUUUACCUUCCCUUCUUGCUGAUGGACCCUCCUUUAAUCUUGACUCUCUUAUUGACUUCUUGACAAUGACUGAUUUACUCCACAAACUCUGAUGAUGAUACCUUUCGCACUUCCCUAAGCCCUUUCUACCUCAAUCUCUUGCUGCCCUCUACCCUUUCACCAUCCACACCGCUGUUAUUUGUAACCUAUUACUCAUCCAUCACCCUUUUGCACCUGAUACCCUCGCUUCCUUCCUGCCCUGCAGCGCUGUAUAGCCCUUGUGGCUUAGCGCUUCUUUUUGAUUAUAAUAAUUUAACUUUACAUAGAUUAGCGCCUCAGAAAGCCAAACUCCAGCUCUAAAAAUUACGGUUCCAGUCUUGAGUUUUUUUUUACCCUCUAAGUCAUGUUCAGUCUUUUUGUAUCAUUUUCUUUACAUAACUGAUCUUGAGUAUGAGAGAUAUAAGAUACUUUCAAGUUACAAUAUAAAGACAAAGGUAGAAUGGACACUUUAUUAAGACAAUAUUGUGCUUAGCUUUUUCAAGUCUGUAAUGCUUACAUGGGAAACUUGGGGAUGUAUAGAUGGAGUGGGGAUGUAGCCACAGCUGACCUGAGCAUAUGAACAACUGCAAAAGUCAAGUCAGGGAGGUUUGCAAAAGGGAUUUGUAUCUAUGAUAGUAUAGUGUCCAUAGCAAAGAACAAAGCUGAUACUUUUCUUCCAUUGGCUGUUGGAAUAAAGUUGUGACAUUUUGGUUAAUCCUCUGAAGACCAUAAGCAUUAGUAACAGUAUUGUAAUUUUUUUCAGUUGUCUUCUUGUUUGGAAAUCUCUUACUAAUUGUUUGGUUGUGUAGGUGUUCCUGGGAGCAAGAGGUUGACUUAGAGAUCCAGACCACCUGCAUAUUCCCAUGUACUUACAACAGACUUGAAAAAGCUUGAUCUCCAAGCAAAAGUUUGGCUUAAUAAGGCAUUCAUUGUGACUUCUUUUAUAACUGACUGUAAUUCAUUAAUUUACUGUUGGGGUUGGGUGUAUGAGACAAAACAUUAUGCAUUAUGACUCCUUAGUUAUGGCAGGACAUAGAUGUACAGUACAAUUGUUUUGUAAAAAAGUCAUUAAAUACUGUUUAUUACUUAAAGUAUCUCAUAGUUGUGGUUAUUAUUAUUAUUUAUUGUAAUUAUUUAUAAAAAAGUGCUAAAUAUGUAUAGGUUUAUAACACUACAUUCAGUGAAUGAAUUUGCUGAGUGUGAAAGUGCAUGUGAGAGAGAGAGAGCAUUUGUCAGAGGCACAAUAUUUAUUCUUGUUAUUUUUUAACUACAACGAUCUUUCACCAGAAAAAAAAAUCACAUUCACCACAUUCAUUCAAUAGCUGUCUUGCCAGGUGUGUGAAAACAUUACACUUCCAAUGACCAUCUGAACUGCAGCAUCCCCACAGUAAAAAAAUUCACUAAAUACAUUUAUAUAGAUGGCAUAUACUUUACUGUAUAUUUUUGAAGGUGGGAAUGGUAUGUGACUUGACCCACUGUCCCUAAAGAGGAGGGACAAGAGAUGCUACUGCUGAUCCUCAAAAGAGCUCAAACCAAAUUCCUUCAGUCAUUUGCAGUCAGCCAUGCCCUUGAUCACUUUUACAAAACUGUCAGGACAAUUUGGGUGCACAGUAACUUCUGAUUAUGUGAUGCUUCAUUUGUUUCUGUGCAAAAUGAAAUGUCUCGCAACUGGUAAUAUAACAACAUAAAGAAAAUGCUUUAUCUGGGAAUCAAACAACCAUCAACAUAAAUGCAGCAAAGAUGAUGUUACUAUAUGUUAAUCUUAAAAUUGGUUCAAAAUGGGUGUCUCAUUUACCUGAUAGAUCCAUAUUAUAAAAUUCGUGAUAGUGUGAAAUUUCAGUUUGUAGUGAAAGGAAUAAAGGGAUGUAAUAAACAACCAUUCACAUUUUCUUUUUCUUUUUUUUCUCUCUUUUUUUUUUUUUCUUGCAUGCACAUACUGGUAACACACACAGAACAGGCCAAGUGUUUAACAAGUGCCUUUAGCAACUGGUGACAACAAGAACAUGUUUCUACCAAGUCACAAGCAUGCUGAACAAGUUUAGCUACGAUCCUGAGUAGACUUGUUAGAAUUAAUUUGUAUAGGUAUCCAGUAGUAUAAAAUUAUAAUAUACUGUGUACUUGAUGGUGGCACUGUGCAAUGAAAUUGAUUUGACUGUGGGGCUAAACAGCAACUACUGAGCUGAACAUGAUGCAUUCCCACAGAGCUCAGUGUUUAACCAAGAGUAAUCUGAAAGAACCCCAAAAUUUAUGAGGAAGUAUUAUAGUUGUGCAAUGUGAAAAAGAAAAAGGCUGGAUGAGUAAAAUGUGGGUCUAAAUACUGUAUUUUAAAUAUAAGUAAGUCAAAAUUUAAAAAAUUUUGAGGCUCUAUGAUGUGUUGGCAGAAGUAAUAUACCAUGUGCAUUUAUUACUGUACAGUACAUGUAAUUAAAAAAAAAUUUGUUGCAGCUACUAUAGUUCUCCUUUUUGGAACUUUGUUGUAUACAGUACAUAAUAAAAUCAACUUAAAAUCUGUUUAGUAAAAUUAUAUUUUGUUCAUUCAGGUAUGGAAUAUGAGUUAGCCUACACUAAAAAUCAAUAUGAAUUAUUUUCUUUAUUUCAAAUUUUUAUUGUUUAAAGGCAAGUGCCAGCAUGACAUUUUCAACCUUAAAUAAUUGCAGUUUUACACCAUUACCAUUCCUUUUUUUAGGUAAUACUUGUAAUGUUUUGAGUGUUGCUGAGAGUGGAUGUAUUUGUUUGUGCAAAUGGUAAAUAUUGAGUCUAGCCAGCUGAGUGCAUUUGUAAAAUAAAAAAAAAUUGACUUUGGUAUCAUCGGUUCACCCAUUGUAUUUUAUAUUCUUAUUUUAUAUUCUUGUAGACCUUUUAUAAAGGUUUGUGAAUUAUUUAGGGACUUGUACUCUUAGCAUUUCUGCAGUAAGUAGGAUUCUGGCUAGGAAUAUGUGAUAAUACCAGGAAGAAAUUGCCUAAAAUAUAGAAGAUCUGUCUUAGGAUAGUAGAAUUUCUUUUGUAUGAUCUUUUCCACUUGUAACACACACACUGUUUUAUUUGCACAUGUAUUUAAAAUACCUUAUGUAAUCUUGCUGCUUUUACUGUAACAGGACAGAAUAAAAAUGUACUAAAGCACCAAAGUAGUUUAUUCAGAGAUACCAUUCUUGAGUGUGAUACAAGUUUUUGGGCUAAUAAUAAAGAUGUGCAUUACUUUUGUGCCUGUACUGGAGUAAUGCAGUACAAUACAUAUCUUCAGUAACCUCAAGUGUAUCUAUACUCAUUCUUAGAAAUUUUUUUGUUCUGCAUGACUUGUAGAGAAAGUCUUAUCAGAUGGGCAAAAGCUAUCUUGGUACUUUAUGGUGUGUUAUGUUAUAUGCAUAGGUGCAAUUCAAAUUCAAGUGUGUUGAUCCUAUAGUCACACAUUUAAUAAAGUCUUUGAUGUUAUAAAUAUAAAAUCAAAGCUGUAACAUGAAAUAAGGCAACUGCAGUGUUCUCUUCAAUCUUUGAUUAGAUGAAUAAUUCCAAGCAUAUAGCUGCUUGAUUACACGUCAUGUAUAGUAUGCUUGUCAUACCGGGUGUUUCAGGGAGCUGCUCAGUGUUUGUUUUUCUAUAUUUUAUUUACUUUUCUAUUGUAAUAAAUAAUAGUAUCAGGAUCUAGUCAGCUUUUCUGUGAAUGCAGGAGAAACUUUACUAACAAUGGAUAGUUAUUGUCAUAAUGUUAGCCAUUCAUUGGUGGUGCAUUUGUUACAGAGUCGUCCAUUAGUAGUGUACAUCAAUAAACUCAAUAUUGGGAAGUGUUGUUAACAGAUCCAGGCUAAAAGCUUUUGUUAUUCACUCAAGUUUUGAAUCUUGGCUGGUAUCUCCAAGUUCAUUAAAAUUUACUAAAAAUUUGUAUUAUCAUGCAUACAAUUUUGACUUGAUAUUGGAAUAUAAACAUUUAUAAAGGAAUGUUUAUGUGCAUAAGCUGAUACCAGUACUGUAAUGAAAGUCAGCAUUAAUCAAUCUUAUUUCUAAUGAUACUUCACAAAGCCUGGAAAUGCAAUCAUAAUGAAUAUAGAUAUGUACAUAGCAUUUGAUAUUUAUUCACUGUUGCUACCUAGAAUGUAUGUAAGAUUCUGUUCAUUUAUGGCAAAGAAUUAAUAUUUUUAGUUGCUACCAAUGUUAGAUGAAUUGUAAUAUAACAUUGGCAGUAUUUGUAAUAAACCUUUGAAAAUUC